AUGGGAGGCAUCUGCUCCCGGUCCGUCGAUGAAUCGGGAGGACCGCCUCAACCUGGACGCGUUGUGGGAGCAUCUUCUCAAGGCGCUCAUGCAGGAACAAGAACGGCCGACCGAUCAUCUGCCCCGCGUGCCCCGCUCCCCGCGAAGUCCAAAGCAAAGUCCAACUUCAAAACUCCCGGGAGGACCUUGGGGGGUGCGGAGCCUCCGUCGGAAGAUGCAAGUGAUGCUCGUAGGAGAGCUGCUGAAGCUGCGCAGAAACGAGCCGAGGCCGUUGGUUCUGCUCAGAAAGGGAAACUAGGUUCCAAACUGGCGGCGCAGAAAGCACAGACUGACGUGCAGGCACUGCGAGAUGCUAGUCGUUCUGAGAGGGCCGCCAGGGAGUCUGAGGCUGCUGCUCAGGCGAGGAGAUGGGAGUAG